AUGAGUAAGCCCGUUCUUUCCCCCAAGGUACUACUAAAGGAAGUGCACUUAUACGGUUGGGUCUGCUCUAGUUAUCGGGUUACGCUGAAGCAAGAAACCUCGCCGGAAGAACACAAUGAGAUCAUCAAGGCUUGUCACAAGCGUUGUGCGGAACGGACGCUACGCGUGCUCGAGAAGAAUGGGUCUAUCUUUAUCAAGCUGGGGCAGCAUUUGAGUAGCAUGGGUUAUCUGCUUCCGCUUGAGUGGACGACGACUUUCAUUCCGCUGCAGGAUAAAUGCCCCGUUUCGUCAAUCGAAUCUAUUGAAGAAAUGUUCGUCGCCGAUACCGGCUGCCCCAUCGAUGAGAUCUUUUCGUCCUUCGACUCAGAGCCCAUUGGCGCUGCUUCCCUGGCGCAGGUGCAUAUCGGUACGCUUAGGGAAUCGGGACAGAAGGUUGCUGUGAAGGUGCAGCAUCCGGCGUUAGCGGAGUGGGUACCAUUGGAUCUGGCGUUAACGAGGUUUACAUUUGCUAUGUUGAAGCGGUUCUUUCCGGAAUAUGAUCUUGAGUGGUUAUCGAGGGAGAUGGACUUUUCGCUGCCGGUGGAGUUGGAUUUCCGAUGUGAGGCGGAGAAUGCUACCAGAGCAAGUGACUACUUCAAGAAACAUUCUGAUGCGCCGUUGAUUAUUCCAAAGGUAAUGUGGGCCCAAAAACGCAUCCUAGUAAUGGACUUCAUCUCCGGCCGCCGCCCCGACGACCUUCCCUUCCUCGAUGCCAACAACAUCGACCGCGACGAAGUCUCCGCCACUCUUGCCCACAUCUUCAACGAGAUGAUCUUCGGCGACAACGCGCCCCUCCACUGCGACCCCCACGGCGGCAACAUCGCCAUCCGCCCGAACCCCAACCCCAGCGGCCGCCAGAACUUCGAGAUCAUCCUCUACGACCACGGCCUGUACCGCGAGAUCCCGCGGGACUUGCGCAGGAACUACGCGAAGCUGUGGCUUGCGGUCAUCGAGGCUGAUGAGGGGCGGAUGAGGGAGUAUGCGAGGAAGGUUGCGGGGGUGACGGAUGAGCAGUUUCCGUUGUUUGCGAGUGCGAUUACGGGGAGGGAUUAUAAGGUUCUUACGCAGAGGAAUGUGACUUCUUCGAGGACCGCAGAUGAGAAGGAGAAUAUCUCCGGUGCGUUGGGCGAGGGCAUGUUGCAGCAGUUGGUUGAGUUAUUGGGCCAGGUACCCAGAAUCAUUCUCCUGAUUCUCAAAACUAAUGAUCUCACCCGCAACCUCGACGAAAACCUACACACCCGCCAAGGCCCCCUCCGCACAUUCCUCAUCCUCGCCCGCUACGCCACCCGCACCGUCUACGAGGAGCAACUCGAGAAUAUCCGCGAGUCGGCCGGUGGCUUGCUUCGUCCGCUGAACUUCCUGCGGUUCCUGGUUGCUUGGGUGGGAUUCUUGCGGGUGGAAUUGAAGUUGUCGGUCUAUGAGACUCUGUUGUCUGUCAAGAGUCGGUUUGGGCUGUUGUAA